UUUUUUCUGGGUAUGCGUGCGCAUCUGGUCGCCAUGUUUUCUUGUAGAUGAGAAGGAAAGGAAUUUUCUUGCUUUUUAUCAAAUUUAAGUGAUUUCUUGAGACACAAAAUGUGAUGGAUUACUAAAGCUAAUUAUUUAGGAUAAGGAGAAUAUAAACAAAGACCUCAAGAUGCAAAGUUCUUACCAUUCUUUACCUCAAGAAGCUGAUGAAAGCUAUGAUCGUAGUUUUGACCGUUAUCAAGAUAAUGAGAAUCAAGAAGUCAGUAACUAUGGCUACAAUUACAGUAACUACAGACCACCACCACCAAGUGGUUUAAAAGGCAAAGUAGAAAGCAAAUAUUGGCAUACAAAGCAGGCUGUUAUUCAAAAGCUGGGCAAGGAACAAGAUGUUUUUGUAGUUGCAGGAGAUGCCGAAGUUGAUGCAAGGCUUCAGGCAUUUAAGCACAUUCAGAAAACCUGUAUAGAUCUGUUAAAAGCUGUAGAAAUUUAUCAAAACAGAAUAUUUGCAUUAUCCCAAGAUGAAAAUGAAAUGGGACGUUUCCUUAGAGAACAAGGCUCACAAGAUAAAUCCAAGGCUGGGAAAAUGAUGAUAGCCGUUGGCAAAUCACAAAGUUACACAGCUCAACAAAGGCUGAGCUUACGAACCCCUCUUGUGAGGCUUUAUCAAGAAGUUGAGACGUUCAGAUACAGAGCCAUAUCAGAUACAUUAAUGACUGUCACUCGCAUGGAGAAUUCUAGGACAGAAUACAGAGCAAGUCUUCUGUGGAUGGCAGAUCUUUCUAAGGAACUUGACCCAGAAGAAUGGAAGAGACUAGACAAGUUCAGAGAGGUUCAAUGUAAAGUGAAAACAUGCAAAAAGAAGUUUGAAAAGAACAAGCAUGACGUAAUGCAGAAGGUGGAUCUUCUUUCAGCCAGUCGCUGUAAUCUGUUAUCUAGCACACUAGCAGCAUAUCAACAAGCAAUGCUUAAAUUCUGGGAAAAUACAUCCAAGAGCAUGAACCAAGUUGCAGAACAGUUCAAAGGAUACCCUACUUAUCAAUUUCAAAUGCUGAAAAGUUUAAAUCCAAUGAUGGAUCCUGAUGAAAAGGGAUCUGAAGAAACUAAAGAGAUCAAAGGUGAUGAAGAAACAAGUGCCGAGAAGAAAGACACAGGCAGCCUAGAGGAAGCUACUGAACAAACAGAACAACGUUCCAAUGUGGAAAAUGAUGAUGAUGAUAAAUUGAUAUGCCUGGACCAUUCUCCCACUGCAGAAAAACCAGCGAAUAAAGAGGAUGAUGAUGAUGAUGCAUUGCUUGAGACCGACUUGUUAGGGGAUGUCUCUGAGCAGAAAAAUACAUCACCACACUUUGAUCUUCUCGGAGAAGAUGAAGAACUUCCCCCAAAACUAGGUCAUGGAACUGGAGGAGGCGAUCUAUUAGGUUCAUUAGAGGAUACCAAUCCAAGUCAUGAUCCACCAAGCUACGAGGCAGCUCAAGACCUCCUUAGUCUACAUGAUUCUUAUCAGUCAAGUGCAGGCAAUAAUGUUGRCCGUACUGAAGCUGGGCAGACUUCAUCCAUUACUGCUGAUGACCUAUUGUUUGGAUCACCAAGCAAAAGUCUUGGUGAUAGAACAGACCUUGACUUACUGAGUGAUGUAUUCUCGGAUGGACAGUCAUGUAAACCUGACGUUAACAGCUUCAGCAGCAAAUGGAAUGAGCUGUUCGGUGAUAGUCCAAAACCACAAAUGCCACCAAACAGUGCAGAUUCUAAUCAUCCUGGUUAUUUGCCUUCUGAUUUGAUGGACAGUUUAGCUGGCAUGGAUCCUUUUGGGGAUUCUUCUAACAUGGGUAAAUCGGCACCAGAAUUACCAAGUGGCAAUUCUGCCAAUAAACCUAGCGGUCGUGGUCCUUCAAACGGAGUUUCCAAACAACCGGCAUUGAAAGCGAGUCUGGGAGGAAUUCUGGGAGGCAAAGCUGGAAAAGAAAAGAACAAAGUAUCUGGGACUGACCAGUCAGCUUGGUUUAACCUGUUUUCAGAUCUGGAUCCACUUGCUAAUCCUGAUGCUAUCGGACAAGGCAAAAAGAAGGAAGACGAACGGUCUUGUUAAGUUGUUCUAUUGAAACUUUGAUCUCCUUUUGAAUGAAGAACUGAAUAUGUUGGUAUUUUCACCAAGUUAAUCUCUGUCACAAAAGAGAAACUACUAUUAAUAUGCAAGGCAUUUAUACUGUUGUGUCAACAUUUUAAAACCUUCAUAAUUAGCAGCAAACCGCAUUAUAUAAAUUAUAGUUACAAAGUAUUUUAAACUUAAGGUGUACACAAAGGAUUUCCAUUCCAGACUUUUUUCAAAAUGGUUCGAACCAUUGAGGAAUUUUGUACUUCUGGUCGAACUUUUUAAACUAUUAUUUCAACAAGGUUAAUGGAUCAAGUUACUUUAGUGUUUUGAUCUCGAUCAAUAACUCAGCCUUACCUCCAGUCUUCUAUAGUCAAGGCUAUUAUCGCAAUAGAUGUGAUAAAAUAAGGAACCUUUAUGGAGAUGGAUAAGACUAAGAUCUAUUUGAUAAACACCUAAGCAGAUAUGUUUCUCAGCUCUAAGGAGAUGUACAUGUAUUCUAAUUUAACCCAAUUGCAAGCAGUUGUAUUAAUUUAUUAAUAAGAUAUAAAUACCAUGUAAUCAAAUAGUAACAAAGAAAUUCAGAUUAUUUCUGUAAACUAGGGUUCAGUAUUUAUGGAAUAAGCAUUAAAAACAUUCUCAGACGA